AUGCUGAAAAACUUCGUGCUGCCCACCGCCCUUGAGCCAUACAAGGGGUUUGGUGAUCCCUGCGCUCAUGUUAAGAAAUUUCAAUCUAUGAUUUUUUUUAAUGGCACUAACAAUGAACCUGUGCUUUGUCGAGCUUUUCCUACUUAUUUUGAUGGUGCUGCAUUACUCUGGUUUUCCAAGUUGUAUGCAGGUUCAAUUUCUUUUUUUAAGGAGCUGGCGAGAUCUUUCAUCGAUUACUUUGCCGCAUCAAGAAUAUAUGUGCACGGAUCAAACUACAUAGGCACAAUCAGACAAGGACAACACGAAAGCCUAAAGGACUACAUGACUCAGUUCGUUGAAGCAACCAUGGAGAUUCCAUACUUAGACCCGGCAGUCCAUCUACACGCCCUUAAAACCGGCCUCAAACCUGGCAAGUUACGGGAGACAAUUGCGGUAACCAAACCAAAGACGCUAGAAGAGUUCCGAGAAAGGGCUACAGGUCAAAUGGAGAUCGAAAAGCUUCGUGAAGCCUAG